GUGUUGGUCAAGGCGGGCGGCGCGACUCCGCCCCCUUCUCUCAGCGGGUGGCGGCUGCUGAGGCUCGGGUGGGAGUUGCCGGUUGGACGCGCCGCGGGGCAUGAGGGAAGAUCCUGGAGGACACUUCAGGAUCCCAGGGCUUUGCCACUUCAUGUCAUAGCUUCUUUCCUGGGUUGCUCGUCCAGAGGUUUAGAAAAAGAGAGGGACAAAAACAAAUUUUCCAGCCCUAAAAGCACCUGCACUUGACUGUGGUGGCAUGUAGGUGACAGCCCUGAGUGUCUGAGGGAGGCAGCAUGGCAAUGUUUCUAGGGGCCAGGAAUGCCCACUCGGUUCUCAGACGCUUGCCCCGGGCCAAUGGCUUUCUGGAGGAGUUUCGCCAAGGCACCAUUGAGCGGGAGUGCAUUGAGGAGAUCUGCAGCUAUGAGGAGGUCAAGGAGGUGUUUGAGAACAAAGAGAAGACGUUGGAGUUCUGGAAGGGCUAUGCCAACUCUGUUUACUCUGUCAAGGACCCUGGCCAGGGCUUGGGGCACUCUGAUGCAAUGUAUGUGGUGGUACCCCUCCUGGGAGUGGCCCUGCUCAUAGUCAUUGCCUUGUUCAUCAUCUGGAGGUGCCAGCUACAGAAAGCCACGCGCCACCGGCCCUCUUAUGCCCAGAACUGCUACCUGGCCAGCCGUGCGGGCCGCAGCCUCCCCAGAGUCAUGAUCUACCGAGAGACGUCGCACAGCCAGACGGAGGCCCAGUACCAGCGGGAGCCAGGCCCCAGGGUGCUUGGAGAUGGCAGAGCAGGAGGUGGCUCCCAGCUGGACGGGACCCUUUACCCUCCAGAGCACUCUGUGUCUGUCCUCUCCAGACUAUCCAGUGCCACCCCUCCCCCUUCAUAUGAGGAGGUGACUGGGCACCCAGAGAACGGUAGUGGUGAGGAAACCAGUGUUUCCUACAGUGACCCUCCACCCAAGUACGAAGAGAUUGUGGGUGUGUCCCCUAGCUUGGGCAAAUAAUGGUGCCCACUUACCAUGCGUGGACCCUC